UGCUGCUGCUGCUUCUCCCGGGCAUCAGAGUGUUUUAAUUUCGAACACUUGGCAAGUUCUCCCUUCAACUCCGACCAAUUGUCUCUUGCCAUAGUCCAUUCGUGAAAAUGGACCGUCAUCGACAUCGCCAUCGCCUCAGCAUGUGGCCCACGUUCGCCGUCUGUCUGCUGCUUUUGCAGGCAACCACAACCACGAUGGCCAUCGAUCUAAGUCGUCUCUACGGCCACAUGGCCAAUCCGAUCCAGAAGCGAAGCGAUCCCUGUCAUCCAUAUGAACCAUUCAAGUGUCCCGGCGAUGGUAAUUGCAUUUCCAUUCAAUAUUUAUGCGAUGGUGCACCCGAUUGCUCCGACGGAUACGAUGAGGAUAUGCGUCUUUGUACAGCGGCCAAACGACCCCCGGUGGAGGAGACGGCAUCCUUUCUGCAGAGCCUGAUUGCAUCGCAUGGACCCAACUAUCUGGAGAAGCUUUUUGGCAGCAAGGCACGUGAUGCCCUGUCACCUCUUGGCGGUGUCGACAAGGUGGCCAUCGCUUUGAGUGAAUCGCAAACGAUUGAGGACUUUGGUGCUGCCCUUCGACUAAUGAGAUCCGAUUUGGAACACUUGCGCUCGGUAUUCAUGGCUGUGGAAAAUGGGGAUCUGGGUAUGCUGAAAUCGUUGGGCAUCAAGGACUCGGAGCUGGGAGAUGUGAAAUUCUUCUUGGAGAAGCUGGUGAAUACCGGUUUCCUCGACUGAGUAGCGCCUGAUCCGGCUUCUGGAUUUUAUUAUGCCCAUGCACAGCCCAUCAAUCCUAAUUUCUAUUCGUAUUUGGGUGCCCCAUACGAUAAUUACAAUUAUUAAAUGGGAAUGCACUCAAAAAAUACACUCAAAAAAACUCAUUUCUAUUCAUACCACGCCAUUAGAUGUUUUCUCAAACUCUUUUUAUGCUUUUCGACUAACUUCUUCUCUCUUUAAUCUAGAUUUUGCUUUUAAGUUAUUUUUUUACUUACCAAAACACUUUUUAUAAAAAAAAAUAUCAAAAAAUUCGAAAAUCAAGAAAACUAAAAACUACAAAAAAAAAUUGCAAAAACCCACAACAAAAAUUCACAAAAAAAUAACAAAUUUAAAUAUGUUUAAAAUAGAAGAACAUAUUCGGCUGCUCUCUCUAAAAUCUUUCUCUCAACAUUUUCACGCUAUUUCCCUCACUUUCUCGUCGACUUUCUCUCAUAAUAUUUGUUGCAAUUUCCAUUGAAGAUCUAUAAAUUUAUUUUUGAGAAAAUCAGUGCGCAAAUAUCAGUAAACAAAACAAAAGAACAAAAAUCCUUCAUGAGAACUAAAUAAAAUAAAGAAUAAAAUAUGGAAGCAGGAUCGUUUGGCAAAAAGAGGAUAACUUAAUGAAAACUAUGAAAAAUAAAAAAAAAAUAAACAAAAAAUCUUUUCUGAAACAAACAUAUAUACUAUAUAUAUUAAAUAUAUUGAUUUUUAUUGAUGUAUAUGUAAUAGUGUUUCAAGGCUUCUUAGAUCCGUAAAGUACACCGAUCACUUAUGGUAUUCACGAAACUAAAGUCCCUAAUUGAGCAAAAUGAAACCUCAAAGUAAAAGACCUUCAGUAAAGAACCUUCCACUAAAGAAUCUUCUAUGAACUUUUAUUCACUUUUCCUCAAUCUUAAACUAAUAUUAAAACUUAAACAUUUCUUUAGUUGUUAGUGUUUAUAUUUUAGAAAAAAAGCCCUGCAGCUAAUCUACUAAACCCCCCAAGAAAAGACAGUAUGAGAAAUACGAAUAUAUCAGAAUCAUACUUACAAUAUCUACGAAGAUAUAAAUCCCAAACAGUAUGUGCAAAAGUCGAGCUACUGUGCAUA